UGUCCCUUCCAGCGUCAGGCGGAGGGAAGGGAAAACGUCCGUUGUUUUUCUCUUUCCCUCACUGCCGAUCACCAAGAGGCUGACCAGGUCAGAAAGCCAUGAUGGAAAUCUUCCAAUGCUGGACAGGCUCCCUCCUCCAGAGAGCUUGUCCUUGACUAAUUUUUUUUUUCCUGAUGAGAAAGAAGAGAGAGAAAGAAGGGAAAAGAAAAACCACAAACUUCCUUGGAAAACCAGCUCCUAGUCAGGGCCUAGAGCGCCCGCCCUAGACUCCAGCACUCAGGAAUCCUGACGACUCGGGUGGCCCUGGAGCACCUGGGCCGAGCCCCUGCCUGCCCCCGCGCUCCUCUGGGGCCCUCGGUCCGGGGCGUGAGCCGGAAGCAGCCCCGACUGGGCAAGGCCUGCCGCUGGUAAGCCUGUGAAACUGGUGUAGGCUCUGGCAUCGACAGCUGGAUGGCAGCUGGGGCUGUGGCGCAGCCUCUCGGUGUAUCCAUCUCCCGCAUUGAAUUGUCAUAGCUGACCCCUCUUUCUCAGUCCUGGAACAGCACCCACUUCUUAAGGGAAGCUGACUUCAUCCAAUGUCUUCAGUCGUGCGGGAGUCAUUCCUCCCAAGCCUGAAUGCCCAUACCCUCAUUGGUGCCAUCUGGUCACAGCUGGUCAAAAGAGCUCAGCCUGGGGCUGUUCUGUCCACCCAAGCUGAGAAGACAUGUCCUCCCCAUAGCCAGGAGGGACUAUACAGACACUCUCCAGCCUUCCACACUAUAUUCCUUUGCUAAGACUUUUCUGGGUCUCUUUGCUUUCUAGCCCAAUUUCCUUGUUAUUGGAUCAUCCCUCUUUUGCAUACCAAGCCUAAAUUAGGCAAUUCACUCAGUAAAGUCCUUUGGUGCCCUUCAGUUGACCCCUGUGAUCAUGGAACACCAGCAGCCUGAGCAUCCUGCCUCUGGUAAGGCCAGGAUUGCAGAAGCAGUCAGCUCUGAAAAUCACAAGGUCCUGUCACAACCAGAUGAGCAUCCUCAGGAUAUAGAUGGUGGAGAUGCUGAUGGGGCAAUCAGAGAACAGGAGCCAGGAGACCAAGUUUCCCUGCCUGCCCAGGGUCAGGAUAACCUCCAGUUCCCUCCACCUCAUGCCAGCUCAAGCCAACUGGGGCCAGCCCAUGGGAUGUUACCUGAGGUAGAGACCAUGGGGGCGUGCUCCAGACCCCAGGAGCUUCCCCAGUCCCCCAGGGUCCAACAGUCUGAGCUAGAUUUCUACUGUGUAAAGUGGAUACCCUGGAAGGGAGAACGGACCCCCAUCAUUACCCAGAGCACAAAUGGCCCUUGUCCUCUCCUUGCCAUCAUGAACAUCCUCUUUCUUCAGUGGAAGGUGACGCUGCCUCCUCAGAAGGAAGUGAUCACAUCAGAUGAGCUCAUGGCCCAUCUUGGGGACUGCCUCCUCUCCAUCAAGCCCGAGGAGAAAUCAGAGGGACUUCAGCUUAAUUUUCAGCAGAAUGUGGACGAUGCAAUGACAGUGCUGCCUAAACUGGCCACAGGUCUGGAUGUCAAUGUGCGAUUCACAGGUGUCUCUGAUUUCGAGUACACACCUGAGUGCAGUAUCUUUGACCUACUAGGCAUACCUCUGUACCAUGGCUGGCUUGUUGAUCCGCAGAAUCCUGAGGCUGUGAGUGCAGUUGGGAAACUGAGUUACAACCAGCUGGCAGAGAAGAUCAUUACCUGCAAGCACUCCAGUGACACAAACCUUGUGACAGAAGGCCUGAUUGCAGAGCAGUUCCUGGAGACCGCGGCGGCACAGCUGACCUACCAUGGACUGUGUGAGCUAACAGCAGCUGCCAAGGAGGGCGAACUUAGCGUUUUUUUCCGAAACAACCACUUUAGCACUAUGACUAAGCACAAGAGUCACUUGUACUUACUGGUCACUGACCAGGGCUUUCUACAGGAGGAGCAAGUGGUGUGGGAGAGCCUGCACAAUGUGGAUGGGGACAGCUGCUUUUGUGACUCUGACUUUCACCUAAGUCAUUAUCUGGGCAGGGGACCUGAAGCAGGAUGUGGGAAUGGCUCAUCAGAAAAGCAGCGGCAGUUAGACCAGGACUACCUGAUUGCUCUGUCCCUGCAGCAGCAGCCACAAGGUGCACUGGGGCUCAGUGACUUGGAGCUGGCCCAGCAGCUUCAGCAAGAGGAGUACCAACAGCAGCAAGCAGUCGUGCCUGCCCCUGUGCGGGUCCUGCCACCGCCCGCUGAUGGAUGACCAACUAUUAAAUCUGAUGCAGGGGAGAGGAGCCACAUCUGGACGUCCAGCUGGGGACCGUCGGCAGAGGCUGAAGCAGGAGUCUGACUGUGUCCUCCUGUAGCACUGCCAAGUGCCAGGUCGCCCUGUCUCUUCUUUCAGAGGCCAUGGCUGUUUUGCUUGCUCCUCUAGCUCAACCCUGAGAUACACAGGGUAACUUACUUAUGGACUAUUGGGGAUCAGAGCAGGCAGUAAGUGCCAGGGUCAGACUCGGUAACAUCUUUGCCCUCAUGGGCUGCUCAGCCUUUCUAACUCCCAUUCAUCCCAGGCAAUGUUGGGACUGGUGGGGUGAGGAUUUAUGAUCCUAACUGCCUUUCCCCAGAAUAGUUACACUAAUAUACAGACUCAGGCUCCAGGAGAAGUCCAUGUCUAGAAUGCAUCUCCCCAACUUCCCACCCAUGACUGGCUGGGUCCUCCUGACUAUCUUGAGAGCCCAUCUCCGUUUGUUUCAGAGUUUGAUUUGGGUUUCUAUCUCCAUUAUUUGUAAUGCCUUUCUAGGGGUUUGGAAAUAAAACUUCUUUCCUGA